GCUUCGAACGAAUAAUUACUUAAGUCCCUCUCGACUCCCUCUUCACUCUUCCAUCACUCCAGCAAAGCAUCCAGAAGAACGGAAAACAACGAGACAUCAAGACAUCAAGACAUCUCGGCCGUAUCAUUCCCGCUCCCGAUCGCUUAUCUGCCCGCGAUCACCGCUCGCCGAUCUGGAAACUCUUUCGACCAGAUUCCUCCCGUCGCGUUGCUGCUCUAUCACCGCAUCACGAUAAUACAAUAUACAGCACCUUCAUAAUGGCCGAAGUGACUGCAUCUCCUCCUCGAUCCCUGCCUGGAUCGCCCACGUCCUUCUCCGCGCAUCGUUCGUCGCAUUCGUCGUCGCCACGGCCCUCGCUAUCUAUCGAUCUCUCCAGUCUGCCUGCCCUCUCUCAACCGUCACCACCAUCGAACACCCUCUUGAUCACCGAUUUGCGGGAUCUCUAUCUCUUCCAGCCCUCAUCGCUGGAUUCCAUCCGCUCUCAGAUCACCCAAGUCGCGCCCCUCAACUCCUUCUCUCCGCUGCCAUCUAUGAGGCGAAUAGUAUGCUCCUUCCUCUCAACAGACGAUGCGAUUAAGAUCCGCCAGCUGCUGGACGGCGAGGCGCUCUUGGGACGACACGUGCGUGCGCGAAUCUACUUUGGAGAACCCACUCCCAUUUUGAGUGCGGAGGAGGCACGGAGAAAGAAGCUGCUGGAGGCGCCGCAGUCUCAGAAGCUCUUCUUCAUCAGCCCGCCCCCCAGCCCCCCUCACGGCUGGACGAUGCGCUAUGAGGACCCGCCCAACAAGGAAGUUCAUGCCACCGAUCUGGCAGAGGCGCUUGCAAAGUUGAAGACCGCGCAGGAGCCGAAGGAGACCAUCGAGCCGGAGCCGGAGACGCCAGUAUCAUUGGCCUCCGACAAGAGGACAAAUAGCUGGCCUGCAUCAUUCUCAGGCACGCGCAGCAGAAGCAGCACGAUCAUCUACGACCCAGAAGCUCAUGGCAGCAACCCACAGCUGCCUGCUGUCAUGGUCGAGGACACCACCGAUCUUGAAGAUAUCGAAAUGGACAUGGGCCCAAUUGAUGCACCCAAGAAGAUCAUGGCUCAUACCGCGCGUCCGCCCGUGGAACUGAUGGAGUAAGACAUGACAUUGUUUCAGUCUUGUUCACAACCUACUUUUAUUCAGUUCUUCUAUUCGUGAUUCCCUCUCUCGCCGGCGUUUUCGAGCGUUUUCGGUCUCUGCAUUGCAUAGUGCCGUUGUUAUUCGUCAUACAGAUGAGUUUCGACCUCGUUCAGCAUGAUGCCUUAUAGUUGGUUCAGCAGUACAAAGCAGCGUUGGCACUGCAUCCGGAUGGCGUUGGUGGUCCUGGUUGUGAUUUUUUUUUUCUUUUUUCCUCUUCUAAUACGCAAGUUGCUUACCUUAUAUGGUAAGGGAUGGUCACGCCUAGUUUAUGUUUGACUUUAUGUAUAUACGUGCAUUCCUCAAGUGGCACAUAUACGCUGAAUGCAUACCCAUGAAAAUAGUAAUCAUUUUCUUCAAGUUUUCAGUCUUG